CAAAAAGUCAAAAAGGUUUCUGCGACAAUAUUGGAAGCAUCUCGUCGUCCUCAUGGCUGUAAGUUAUUUUUUUUCGGAGCGAAGGAAAUCCAGUUGACAUGAAUUGGUGCGAACUCCAUGGCUAUGCCUUUCACCGACUGCUUUAUCCGCCUAUAAAAAUGGCUUCCCUUCCUCUUCCCCAAACCAUCUCAAUCACCAUCCUUUCAGUCUUCGAAGAAAGAUAACACCACAAAAACUAGAAAGGAAAAACACACAGAGGUUUGAAUAUGGGGAAGGCGCUCAUUCUGGUGGCUUUCCUACUCGUACUCGUCUCCAUCGGAGCUACCUCAGUCCGAGCUGAUGACCACAACAAGCCUGAAGACGAUAAGAAGACUGCGGCACCGGUACCUGCACCUAAAGACCAGAAACCGGCGGCAGCCCCGGUCCCUACGGAGGAGAAAUUAAAGCCGGAACCGCCGAAGGAGGAGGAGAAACCAAAACCAGCACCGGCUCCCAAGGAGGAGAAACCAAAGCCUUCUCCUGUCGACGAAGAUACCGCGAACUACGACGACGAGACACCAGACCCAAAAACAGGAAGCGAACGGGCGAAAUGUAAAUCGAAAGGAGCUUGUAAUAAGAAGACACUAACUUGUCCGGCCGAGUGCCCGGAAAGGAAGCCCAAAAAGAACAAGAAGAACAAAGGGUGCUUUAUCAAUUGUGGUAGCAAGUGUGAAGCUACUUGCAAAUGGAGGAGACCACAAUGUAACGGGUAUGGCUCUCUAUGUUAUGAUCCAAGGUUCGUCGGAGGCGACGGAGUCAUGUUCUACUUCCAUGGCGGCAAAGGACGUGAUUUCGCUCUUGUCUCCGACACCAACCUCCAAAUCAACGCCCACUUCAUCGGAAACCGCCCAAAUGGCCGGAAACGUGACUACACAUGGGUCCAGUCCAUCUCCAUCAUGUUCGACACCGACAUCCUCGUUCUCUCAGCCAAGAAAGUACAACAAUGGGACGACUCCGUCGACGUACUUCUCGUAAAAUGGAACGGUCAACAAGUCAACGUCCCGUUCACCGGAGACGCAGAAUGGAAAACCAACACCGGAGUAAGAGAAGUGGCGGUGGAAAGAACCGACGAGGCGAACACCGUGAGAGUUACAGUCCGCGGACUGGUUGAAAUCGACAUGAAAGCUGUUCCGGUGACCAAAGAAGACGAAAAAGCUCACAACUACCAGUUACCAUUAAAUGACGCUUUUGCCCAUUUCGAGACACAGUUCCGAUUCUCAAAUCUCUCAGACAACGUCGAGGGCAUUUUGGGAAAAACCUACAGACCAGGGUAUGUUAGCCCAGUGAAGAGAGGGAUCGCGAUGCCAUUAAUGGGUGGAGAAGACAAAUACGAAACUCCAUCUUUAACUUCACCUCGUUGCAAACUCUGCCUAUUUCAGUCAAAUUACGAAUCUGCCCCUCCCCGUAUAUCUCAAUACUAA